ACAACGUUGGGGGCCUCCGGUUUUCCUUAUUUAUACCAACUCCCGUUUGCCCACAUCCCUCCACAUGUACACACAUUCACCUUCUUCUCUCAUCUGUGCUCAUUGUCUUCAUUCGUUCAGCACACUCUCAAGCUCACUAGGGGGUGUGCACUCUCACCUGGGAAGGACCAUGGUGAUGUUUCUGCAAUAUUGUCCCUCUUACAUGGCCUGCAUUUGGGUCCUGAUGAUCAUGAUGAUGAUGCUGAGUGUUUCUAGCAUCGUCAGUGCACAGGGCCCACCUCCACCUGGCUACUACCCCAGCUCCAGAUUCGAUGCCAUAACCUUUGAUCAAGGGUUCAGGAACCUGUGGGGCCCUCAGCACCAGAUUCUAGACCAGGGCUCCUUGACCAUCUGGCUGGAUAGUUCCUCGGGAAGUGGAUUCAAGUCGCUUCAACCCUACAAAUCUGGCUAUUUCGGUGUGGCUGUGAAGCUUCAAGCUGGUUACACGGCAGGAGUCAACACAUGUUUCUAUCUAUCGAACAGCGAGGACUACCCGGGUAACCACGAUGAGGUGGACAUAGAGUUCCUCGGGACGACGCCUGAUAAGCCGUACACGUUGCAGACGAAUGUGUACAUCGCGGGGAGUGGGGAUGGCAACAUCAUCGGGAGAGAGAUGAAGUUCCAUCUCUGGUUUGACCCCACCGAGGAUUUCCAUAACUACGCCAUUCUCUGGACCCCUGAUGAGAUCAUAUUCUUGGUGGAUGAUGUGCCGAUACGAAGGUACCGUAGAAAGAGUGACGCGACAUUUCCCCUGAGGCCAAUGUGGGUGUAUGGAUCGAUAUGGGACGCAUCGUCUUGGGCCACGGAGAACGGAAAAUACAAAGCAGACUAUCAAUACCAACCCUUUGUCGGUAAAUACACAAACUUCAAGAUAGGCGGGUGCGCCGUCAACGGCCCCGCCUCGUGCCGGCCGCCUUCCGCCUCACCGUCAAGAUCCGGCGGGCUGAGCCACCAACAGAAGGCGGCGAUGGAGUGGGUCCAGAGGAACUACAUGGUGUAUUACUACUGUAAGGAUCCAAGUAGAGACCUCUCCCUCACUCCUGAAUAGAGAGAGAGAGAGAGAGAGAGAGAGAGAGAGAGAGAUAUGAUUGUUUUCAUUCUAAGUGUGUUAAUUUCAGUAAGCCCUAAAGUUGAGGGGUCUUGAGAUGUGUCCCGCUUGCCAAAGGAGCAAAAGAGCAGUCGAGCGUCCAAGCCUCGAAGAACAUUGUAUCAGUUCGGGUUCAGAAUUGUAUGGAUUCGCGAAAGAAUGAAUAAAAUAUAGUCAGUGAAGUGUUCACGAGAA